AUGCAGUCACAUAAUGCUGGCGACAAGGAUGACCAAACACUGACGACCAAGCCACGGCUCCAGAGGGGAGGAAGCUCUGCAUCUCUCCAUAACAGUCUAAUGAGGAACAGCAUCUUCCAACUCAUGAUUCACACACUUGACCCACUUGCUGAAGAGCUUGGAUCAUAUGGAAACCUAAAAUAUUAUGACACAAUGACUGAAGAAGGAAAGUUCAAGGAGAGGGCCUCAAUUCUGCAUAAGAUUGCCAAAAAGAAAUGCCAGGUGGAAGACAGUGAAAGGCAGAAUGGAGCUGCUAAUCAUGAAAAAUGUGCAAAAGUGGAAGUUGCAGUAACACCACCAAGUGAUUCAGGACCAGUGCAGAAUGGAAUCGCCCAUAACGUUGAAGAAGAGAAUGAAGAAGAGGAGGACCAGCCUCUCAGCCUGGCCUGGCCUGACACCCCACGCAAGCAGCUCACCUAUCUCCUUGUGUUACCCAUUGUUUUUCCACUGUGGGCUUCCCUCCCAGAUGUCAGAAAACCUAGGUCAAGAAAGUUUUUUCCUAUCACAUUUUUUGGCUCGAUCAGCUGGAUUGCAUUUUUUUCUUACUUAAUGGUCUGGUGGGCACAUCAGGUUGGAGAGACAAUUGGUAUUAGUGAAGAAAUCAUGGGAUUGACUAUUCUAGCUGCUGGAACGUCCAUUCCCGACCUUAUUACCAGUGUUAUUGUAGCACGCAAAGGUCUGGGGGACAUGGCUGUGUCCAGUUCUGUUGGGAGCAAUAUAUUUGACAUCACAGUGGGCCUUCCUCUUCCAUGGCUCCUGUAUGCUGUGAGUAACAGGUUUGCCCCGGUGACAGUCAGCAGCAAUGGUCUGUUCUGUGCAAUUGUCCUCCUCUUCAUCAUGCUGCUCUUUGUCAUCCUCUCCAUCGCUUUCUGCAAGUGGAGGAUGAAUAAAAUCCUGGGCUUUCUCAUGUUUGGGCUUUAUUUUCUGUUCCUGAUUGUCAGCGUCCUCCUGGAGGACAAAGUGAUCCAGUGUCCUGUCUCCAUCUAG